GCGGCGCCCUGCCGUGUGACGUGUAGUUUACUUUCCAACAUCCGAAAGUCAUAAAUGACAUGGAAUACUUCAAAAGUAGCCUAAAAUCGGUCCUCGGGGCUCCUCCACCAGGAAAUGAGCCUUCUGGAGCCGACACGGUGGAAAGGUUGGUGGAUAGACUCCAAUCUUCCACUUUGCUCGAUGAUAGAAGGGAUGCAUGUCGAGGCCUCAAAGCCCUCUCUCGAUCUUAUCGAGUCGAAGUAGGAGCACAAGGCAUGGAUGCCUUCAGACAAGUUUUAGAAAUGGAUAAAACAGAUUGCGAAAUUACUGGUCUUGCUCUGGAAACCCUCUGCAAUAUAACGCAUCCAGAUACUUUUGAUGAGGAAGUUGACAAACAUGGACCAAGGAACAAGAUCGGGGAACAAUUUACCGAAAUUUUUAUCAAACAACAAGACAGCGUGGGACUGAUUUUGAACUUUUUAGAAGAAUUCGAUUUCAAAGUAAGAUAUCCUGCCUUGAAAUUAUUGUCCCAUUUACUUGUAAACAAGCCAAAAGAUAUACAGGAAAUAAUUCUUGUCAGUCCGAUGGGGGUUUCCAAGUUAAUGGAUCUGCUCGCUGAUAGUCGAGAAGUAAUCAGAAACGAUGCUUUGCUAUUGCUGAUACAAUUGACAAAAGGAAAUGCAAAUAUUCAAAAAAUUGUAGCUUUCGAAAAUGCCUUCGAUCGAAUUUUCGACGUGAUUUCACAAGAAGGUGGAGCAGAGGGUGGAAUAGUUGUUGAGGAUUGUCUUCUUUUGAUGUUGAAUCUUUUAAGGGGCAAUUCGAGUAAUCAGAACUUUUUUAAAGAAGGGAGUUAUAUUCAGAGACUGAAACCAAUGUUUGAAAUACCUCCUGAAGUAGAAGAUAGUCCUUUGGCGGGUUGGAGUCCUCAAAAAGUUUCUAAUAUUCACUGCAUGGUGCAAGUAGUUCGUGCCUUAGUAGCACCAAGCGGUCCUGCCCAGUCAGUCGCUGCUUGUCAGAGAAGUAUGAAAGCGUGUGGCUUGCUGCAAGCUCUCUGCGAUAUUCUAAUGUCGAUGGGAGUUCCGGCAGACGUAUUAACCGAAGCGAUUAGCGCAGUUGCAGAAGUUAUCAGAGGAAAUACGAGCAAUCAAGAAUUCCUAGCUAAUGUAAUGGCUCCCUGCAGUCCUCCCAAACCGGCGAUAGUCGUUCUUCUGAUGUCGAUGGUGAACGAGAAACAACCUUUCCUUUUGAGAUGUGCUGUUCUCUACUGCUUCCAAUGUUUUCUUUACAAAAACGAAAUAGGCCAGGCGCAGCUUGUACAAACAUUUUUACCUCAGGGUAACGAAACGCCAUCCUUAACGACAGGCCAAUUGUUAUGUGGUGGACUCUUCUCUUCAGAUCCUCUCUCAAAUUGGUUCUCAGCCGUGCUGCUUUCUCAUGCAUUAAUCGAAAAUGCAACUCAGAAAGAGCAACUUUUAAAAGUUCUUUUAGCCACCAACAUUGGAAAACCUCCCGUAAAAUUGAUGCAACAGUGUGUCAUGUUGCUUCAGCAGAGCAACCAAACUCAAUCGAAACUCGGUCUUCUCAUUCUCUUAUGCACUUGGACCUCUUACAGUCCAGUGGCUGUUAAAACAUUCCUCGGAAUUGAUUCCUCAAUUGCUUAUCUGACGGCGUUUCUCUCGUCUCAUGAAAGCAACGACGACUUGCAGGAAUCUCUUCUUCAAAAUAUGUGCGCCUUCCUUAUCGGAAUUUGCGUUCAUUUCAAUGACGAUAGUGAUCCUAAUUACACGAAGGAGAAAUUGUGCAGCUUAGUGGAAAACAGAAUAGGAUUAGAAAGGUUUCAAAAUGCAAUUGGAGGGAUUUCGAGGCAUGAAAUUUAUUCCAGGACUUUAAAACAUCCACAAUCCUCGGCAAAAAAUUCUGCUGAACUUUACCUGGAUCACGAAUUUUGUAGACUGCUCAAAAACUUAGAAGCCAUAGUUUUGAAGUCUGUUCUUGACGGAAGCAGUUCCCAUCGAUCCAUGGAUCAAACUUCCACAAUGUCACCAGCAGAUUCCGCUUUAGUCGCACAAUACAAGGAUCUGAUUCGAGAACAGGACGGACAAAUCCAGAAACUCAAUCAAAUCAACGAAACACUCUCGAAGGAAAAGCGAGAACUCGAUGCUCAAGUUCUAGAACUUCAGACCACAGUGAGUCACUUGAAAGACCAGAAUUUGGUUCUACGAGCAGCUCAGACUAAUUUUUCAAAUGGCAAAGAGCCGAUUUCUCCGUCGAAUAAUCUCGAAGCAACGAGCGAAGAAUUGGAAAAGUACAAAGCGAAAGUGCGAGAUUUGGAGUGCAGAUUGUCCGCUUAUGUGUUGAAACUCGAGGAAUAUGAAAAGAAAAGUAUUAGUCAAAACGGGACGGAACUUGAAACGGCUUUAAAGCAGAAAACUGAAGAGCUCGAAAAAUUGAGAAAAGACCAGGAAGAUUUGCUGGAACUUCUCUCAGAUCAAGACAAUAAAAUCACCUUGUAUAAAGAAAAGUUGGUAGCUUUAGGAGAAAAAGUUGAGUCUGACGAAAGUUCCGGUGAUCUCGAAACAGACGAGCAGCCGGAAUCCAGUGUCUGAGUCACUGCAAAAUUCUGUAAAUUGAUAACCAUAAGUUUUACGAAAAUUAGUCUAAUCUUCGAUCAUUCUCAAUUCAAUGUUUUUUUAGUCAGUCAGAUUUUUCGAAUUGUCUCGCAAAAAUUCUAAAUUGUGAAUUAUUCGUCAUUGAUUUUAAAUAUUUGUUGAAACUGUUAUUUUUUUCUAUAGAUAUAGACUUACAAAUUC